UUCAAAAUGGCCGCUGUGAAAAAAGAUAAAUUCCGUUAAAAUUUGGUUCUAAAUUAAACUGAGAUGGCGGCAGUGAAGGACGACACAACAAAAACCACAUUUCAAGUGUCAGAGCGGGUGUCAGCAGUCAGCUAACCGCCCUUCUUUCCCGGGUUUCGGUCGCUCUCUUCGGUCGUCGUUGACUGUGUUUGACGGCUGGCAGGAAACGAGCCUCUGUGAUUUUUCUUCGAGCAACUACUUCGUUGUUUUUCCUUCCGCUGUUGUGUGGAAAUCAAACACUGUUAACCACUUUGGAUCUGCGAUAGAUGACAGGAAUGGAGGAAUAUCAUAACGGCAGCGAGGGCUCUUUCAACUCUGAAGAGGCUGAUAAUAUUGUCAAAGAGUGUAUCGAGGGCGUCGUAGGCAAUGACGACUACAACCAGACUCAGGUGAACAAAUGGACGGCCAGCAUCGUGGAGCGCUGCCUCACACAGCUGGUCAAACAGGGGAAACCGUACAAGUACAUCGUGACGUGUGCUGUGAUGCAGAAAACCGGAGCCGGCCUCCACACAGCUAACUCCUGCUACUGGGACACCGCGAUGGACGGAAGCUGCACCGUGAGAUGGGAAAACCGCACCAUGUACUGUGUGGUCAGUGUGUUUGCUGUGGCUGUCGCAUAAGACACACGCACACACACACUCACACGUGUAUAUAUAUUAAUAAAUGAUCGUCACUACCACCAGAAGAGGAGUGCAGUGUGCUCCUUUGAACAGCAGGGGGCCUCCAAGUGCCACAGAAUCCACAUCCAUGCUGCCUCGUUGUAGCUCGACCUUUAACCUCUUGAGGAAAAGCUGCAGAGAGGACGACAGCUGUUAUUUGUUUUUCAGUUUUCAGCCUUUAAACAUCAACAUCUCUUGUGUAUUUAUCUUCUCAUGUCACUGCAGUGCUUUAAUAGCUUCACAAUUAACUGUAUUUAUCACUCACUAACGCCUGACUGCAUGCUGCAGCUGCAAACAACACAUUAAGUUAUCUUCUUCUUCUUCUUCUUCUUCUUCUGCUAUGUUUUGUUAUCUUAUUAUUCUGUGCAUCAUGUUAAAGAGAGAAAGAGGAGAUUUUUGUACCUGGAGCGGUUUGCUGCAGGAUAAUAAACAUGAAAAGAUUUAUGAUCAAA